CACGAACGACCACUAUUCUUCACGCGCGUUCCUACCUUAUUCCCCCCUUUCUAAUUUCGCGAAUUUAUCAAUGGCAAAAGGCAGCGGCAGUGGUAAGUCAUCAGCCACGUCCGGGACGCGCAAAAAGCAUGCGAAGAAAGCCGCGGGUAGCGUUGAGCCGCCUGAAACAGGUCCGGGGAAGGAAAAGCGGGCGAAGAACAAGGAGAAGGGCAAGGGGAAGAAGGAGCCGCGGCAGAGAGUGUAUAUUCCGCCAGUGAAGCCUGCUCCGGUUCAGCCAGAUCCUUUGGAGACGACGGGUAUAGCGCAUCAGCUUCCGCCGGAGUUGUUGGUCGUUCUGCGGAGUCUGGGGAAGAAGGCUGUGGUCACCAAGGGCCACGCGCUGGAGGACCUGCAGUCGGAAUGGGUGGAGAAGGCACUGGCGGGUGAUGAGGAGCUGAUGCCGACGCUGCAUGUCAUGUUUCCAGUAUGGAUGCACCACGUAUCGGCGCUGUUCCUCCAUCCUUCACGGCGGAUCCGACAACUAACGGCAGAUCUACACAAAUCGUUUGUUUUGCUGAUGGGGGAGGCUAUCCUUGCCCAUUUCCAUACCUGUUCGACGCGCGAGGCGGAAUGGAUCCUGGGAAGUUGGUGUGUGGCUGCCCACGAUAUCGACCGUGGUGUGGCGGCAUCGGCACUAUCGUCGUGGCAGAGUUUCAACGCGCUCUUGGGCGACGACCUGUUGUUGAACGACAAGGAGAGCGGGUUGUUUUCGUGUCUUGUGACAUUCGUGCACCGAGCUGCGAUGGAUCCGCUUGCUGUCUAUCUGGAUCUGAACCCGCCGCCGCCGCCCGCUCCACCACCACCACCGCCGACUAAAGGCGCGUCGAGAAAGGUGGAGCCAGAAUCAACACCGCGAUUCAAGUCUGAGGAUUUAAAAGAAGAUGAACAGGAUAGGAAAGCUCGGAUACGAGUUGGCGCGUACGGUGCGAUCAGAUGGAUAAUCGACAAUGUCAAGACGGAAUUCCAUGGGCAGCUUUCAAGCCUUGUCUUUUGGUCAGGGUUGCACUGCAGAGAGUCGGCCCCGUUUGUGCCGGCAGACGAGGAAUGUUUUGGGUAUGGUCAACCUGCCGUUCGGAAAGCAGCUUGGGCACUUGUGCAAGCUCUUUUGCGACAUCCCAUUCAAACACAGCUAUCUACUUUAAGCGCGGCUAUUCUUCACUCUGCUUGGGUCGAGUCCGAUACAACUGUUCAUACUGUCAUGUGGCAGCCUUUACUUCGCUUUCUGAAAGAUCAUCCAAAUGCAUGGGAGUUGGCCGACAGUCCCAGGCUCGAAGAGGACGGUUCCAGUGACGAAGAAGAUGAGGAGCAACACCCUCCCUUGAAAGGUCGCCCCUCAUACGACGAGUUUUUGCAGUUUCUCCAGCUCGGAUGUUCCGGGUCCCCCAUACAGGGUUACCCAACGGUGGUUAUCAUCAUAUCGACAAUACCUUCUUCAAUAUUCGCUUCGACGUCAUCUUCAUCGCCCUUGGCGGAUUUUUUCACGUCGUUUUGGGCUGCCAUUGAUGGACGCGCGCUUAGGGGCUUGAAUCGCACCAAGGCGAGUGGAGCAUUUUUGGAGUCGCUCUAUGAGUGCAUGGUGUUCCUUCUGAGAAGGGUUCAUCGCGAUGCGGGACAUGCUUCGCUGUUAUUGGGUACCGAGACCAAGAUGGACGAACUAGUAGGGGACCAGGUCGUGAGAACAUUCAAGGCUCUGGAAGACCGGACGUUGAAAGUAGAGGAGGAGAAAUUGUGUGAUACAGUGUCGGAGACUCUGGUUUCAUUGGAAGCUAUUGAUAACGACUUGUUCCGAUCUACUUGGAGUGUCUUUAGUCAAAUCAUGAAAAAUUCGGGAUCACCAUUCGUCCCCUGUCUCCUCAAGACUCUUCUCGAUCGAUUACCAGAUGACUCGGAGCUCUAUACGUCGUCGCAUGUGUUGUUGCAGGAGAUCCUUCGUUCAGCAAUCGGAGACUGGGAGCAUAGUUUCAAUGAGCCAUCGGAGGAUCAUCAACUUGGAAAUGGCGUACACACACUUGUUGGCAUGCUCAACAUCUUUGGACAACGUCUGUUUAGUGACGAUCUGGAAUUCGCCUCGAAACUCGAUGGUCUCGUCAGCAAACACGCAUAUCUUACCUUGACUCGUUCUGAGCCCCUCUUUUUUGCCUAUCUUUCGCACAGGAAGGAUGAAGCUCUACGUUACACCGUUUGGCAUAACACCUUGGACGACAUUGGACAACAUUGGGAUACUCUCCCGUCGUCGCUAAAGCGGCUGCUGGAUGCCAGAGUGGACAUCAAUAUGGCAGGGACGCAGCUUGAUACCCAGGUCCAUCAAUUGUUCGUGGAAUCGGUACACAAGCCCUCAGGCUCACCGGAGGUGUCUCUCAUGCAGCAAGUACUACAAAAGCCAGGUCUCAUCCUGUCCAAGAAUGGGUUCGAUUCCCUGAUACAGACCCUGGGGUCGGUCUUUAUGGCCGAUAUCAAUGUAUUGCUUCGCUCUGAGAACGAAUCUCACGGUUCGGUUGAUACGUUACUGGUAUUGAUAUCAACGGCGCUAUUCUCUCUACCUCGAUUUACCAAUUCACCGUCUUUGCUCGCUAUUGAUGCUCUGCCGUACGUCUUCCUUCUCGGAUACGUGCUUCCCCGAUCCGUCUCGUCUCUCGAUGGCACUGCUGCUGCACAAGCUCUGUGGGACCGUUUCAUACAAGAGCGGGACUUGAAUCAUUUUGACGAGACUGCCAUUUUUUCGGGGAUACAAGACCUGCUGAAGACAAUCGUGGUCGACACGCAAAUGCGGCCUAGUCCGGAGCACGUUUUGCAGGCACUAUCGGAAGCAACACUCAAAGAAGUGAUAGCUCCUUUGUCAUGUCUUCUAUCUGAACCUGAACUCGAUGAGAUGCUCGAUGAGAUGUCAUCAGAUCCUAUACAUCCAUCCUUAGCCGUUCUCGACCCUUUAAUUCCCCCAGGGCAAUACGGAGAGACUGGCUUUCCAGAAUGCGAUUCUCGUGGAUUCUCGCCGUACGCCCGGCUUGUCAGUAUGCUUCUGUUCGUGUUCAUGGAGGACCGACAGAGUGCUCGACGUAAUACAUGGGCGCUCCGGCAUCUGAUAGCGCUUUCGUUAUACGCAGAAGAUUAUAGUGCCUGCCCUGUAUGGUCGAGUCCGGCGUUUGGGACAGAAGCUUUGAUGGACUUGGAAGGGCUGAUCGUCAAGCUGCAACAGAUCUGUACAUAUCUGCUGACUUCGGCGUCGGAUGAUGGUUGGAGACUGAAAGUUUUGGACGUUUUGACGAAUGGACGACCGCUUGAUGAGGCCGGUCCGCCUUUGGCUGUGUUUUUGAGGGAUCAGAUCGUGAGGGCGCGGGAAGGCGAUGAGAUGAGGGAGGCUCGUAUCCUUGGUCGUGUGCUGUCUCAUGUUCUGCAUGAUGCCGAUAAAGCGGAAGCAGAUCGAUGGAUCGCUUUUGCUAGGAGUAUCGAUCGAACGGCACCAGAAACCUCUAUGGCUAUUGUCCGCGCUGUGGUUGAAGUAGCACCAGAGCCUCCACGUCUUGACAGGUAUCGGAAUGAGCUCGCAGCAUCCCUGAUGGGUGUCCCGCCAGCGAAAGCAAAUGCCGACGGGCUUAUUACCCUCCGUAAGUUGGCUGCUAGCGCACCUCAUGCAGACUCGGAAGUCGUAUAUCUCCCUCAACAAAGGGCACUGAACGUGGUCAAGACGUGUGAGAAGUGGAUUGCGUCUGACGAGGAUCUAGACGAGGAGGUCCAGAGUGCGAUGACAUGGACGUUCUGUCACCUUGCUCCGAUUCUUCAGAACCUGGAGGGAUCACACUGGCAGUUCAUUUUUGAUGUGGUGGAGAACAAUCUUGACAACUCUUCUUUCGAUGACGAUGACACUUUUGUUUCGCUAGCGCAAACGCUGAGGCUGAUUCUUGUCAUCAAGGACCUCGCAUUGACGAACAAGGUGCUUCGUGAGGAUUGGCGGUCACGGCGACUACCGAUUCUAAAAAUGGUUCGAGACUUGGCAUCGUCACGACUGGACGGACGUGCUUCUGUUCCAAGGUCUCGCUGUUUAGAGCUCGUUCUUGCUGUAGUACAAGAUUUGCCGGCGGAUCUCAUAGAUCACAAUACUCUGCCUAAGAUGUGCCACCUUGUCAUGGAUACUGGGACUGAGGUGCAAAAGAAGGCAUACAUGCUUUUACAGCAGGCGGCCUACAAGCGUACGGAGCACAUGGUGGUUGAAGCCGCUGUCGAUGGCGAGAAUACCUUCAAGGCCGAACUGCCGCGUGAACUUGUCAGUAUCCUCCAGCAGUCUCUCAACUUUGAUGAUGCAAACUCGGCUGAGCGCCCGAAUAACGUAUUUGGUUACUUGCUUGGCUGGAUGAUUGUCUUUGAUCUUUUCUUUGGCUCGUCCUUGAAAGUCAAAGCGAGCUAUAUCGACCAGUUGCGAAGUUUAGACAUCAUUGCCGGAUCGUUCAUGCCUAUGGUGCUAAGCACGCUCAACCUGGAUCAAGGCGCCGCUAAGGUUUAUAAGCUAGAUCUGUGGGCUGUGGACGAAUACCACAUCGAACUUUAUGAACCCGACGAAGCCUUUACUUUACAGGUUCUCGCUGCAUAUCUGUACUAUCGAGCCCUUUUGAAUGUUCCCUCGCUGAUACACAGCUGGAUACUCGAUUGCAAGGAUCGCCAGCUUUCCUCUACCAUCGUCUCUUAUACAUCGGCGCAUUUCUCUCCGGCUAUCAUUCGCACGGAGUUGGUGCAUGUCAAGAGUUCCGAGGCCGCGACAGAGCUGGAAGACGAUACGUUCAAGAUCAAGGUCGCACCUAAUGUAAAUGAGGUCGUUGCAUCGUACCUUGUGGAUGAGCACCAGCUUGAGAUGAAGCUGAGGAUCCCGACGGAUUGGCCUCUACAUAAGAUCGAGGUCAAGGACAUGAAACGAAUAGGCGUGGACGAAAAGCGUUGGAGGGCUUGGAUGCUUGGUGUCCAGCAGACGAUUUGGGCAAGUGAUAUGCUUAAUGGCCGGAUUGUCGAUGGUUUAGGCUUGUUCAAGAAGAAUGUUACGUUGCACUUUGAGGGACAAGUAGAGUGUGCUAUCUGCUAUUCUAUAAUAAGCGUCAUGGAUGGCACACUCCCCCAGAGACCCUGUAGAACGUGUAAAAACCGCUUCCAUGGUGGAUGUCUAUAUAAGUGGUUCAAUACGAGCCAUUCGUCGAGCUGUCCUUUAUGUCGAUCGGAUAUGUUUUGAUUAGGAAGCUUGUUUGUUUGUUUGGCAAUCUGCCCUAUAUUGUUAUUAUUGUUGUCUCGCGCGGCGCGGUUUUCUUUUUCGCUUGUUUCUGUCAUUUCUGGAUUCUGGGAUAGAAUGCGUUGCGUUGGACGAUUUGUGGCCGCGAGCUUUCUGAUGGUGUGGAAAUGCCCCCCCUGCCGAGGUGAUUUUGUGCGGCCCGAUUGUGGCUGUGUGUAGUCGCUCGCUGGGUCAAGAUAAGACGCCUUGGCGGUUUAUUUUGUGGGAAGGAAGGAAGUGAGGGGAUCAAAUCAAUCGUGGAGGGAGUAUGCUCAUUCCUGGUUAUUGUUUGAUAUAUCUGGCUUAAAAGAGUUGGAUUACAUCAACCAUGUUCGCUGUGGGUUCACUAGAUUUCCUCUGCUUCGCUAUUACCAAUAAUCGCAGCUUGUCCCGUAUAUCAAUGACGGAAACGCG